AUGGAAGCGAGAUCCCUCCUUCGGGAGGAAGAAGAGGAGGAAGGAGGACGAGGCAGCCUGCUGCUGGCAUUUGGCCUCCAGCCUUGGCCAGAGCAGGAGGAGUCUCUGGCCCAGGGACUUGGGGGGGACUGGGAAUCGGAUCGGGGGCAGAGGGGGGUCCGUCUUCCAGGGCCCCAUCGGAGCCCCCAGGAUGCUUCUGGAGAGAUCCCGGGGGAGAAAGGAGGAGCCCCCGAAGCCUGCGCCUUCAGCCGGACUCCAGAAAUCCCACUCUGUGCAGGUUGCAACCAACACAUCGUGGAUCGCUUCAUCCUAAAAGUGUUGGACCGCCAUUGGCACAGCAAGUGCCUGAAAUGCCACGAUUGCCAGGUCCAGUUGGCCGAGAAAUGCUUCAGCCGUGGGGAGAGCGUCUACUGCAAGGAGGACUUCUUUAAGAGGUUCGGGACCAAAUGCGCCGCUUGCCAGCAAGGUAUUCCUCCAACCCAAGUGGUGCGAAGAGCGCAAGACUUUGUCUACCAUCUCCACUGCUUCUCCUGCAUUGUGUGCAAGCGACAGCUGGCCACCGGGGAUGAAUUCUACCUCAUGGAAGACAGCCGGCUGGUCUGCAAAGCUGACUAUGAGACGGCCAAGCAGAGAGAGGCCGAGUCCACGGCAAAGAGGCCCCGGACGACAAUCACAGCCAAACAACUGGAAACUUUGAAGAACGCUUACAACAACUCCCCCAAACCAGCUCGCCACGUACGAGAGCAGCUGUCUUCAGAGACAGGCCUGGAUAUGAGAGUGGUUCAGGUUUGGUUCCAGAACAGAAGGGCCAAAGAAAAACGGCUCAAGAAAGAUGCUGGAAGACAAAGAUGGGGACAGUAUUUUAGAAACAUGAAGCGAUCGAGAGGGAACUCCAAAUCGGACAAGGACAGCAUCCAAGAAGAAGGCCCAGACAGUGACGCUGAGGUUUCUUUCACAGAUGAACCAUCAAUAUCAGAGAUAAGUCACUCCAACGGCAUUUACAGCAACCUUGGCGAAAACUCCCCUGCUUUGGGGAGGCAAGCCGGGACCAACGGCAGCUUCUCAUUGGAACACAGUGGCAUUCCGAGUCAGGAUCAAUACCACGACCUCCGAUCCAACAGCCCUUAUGGGAUGCCCCAGUCACCAGCAUCUUUGCAAGCUUUGCCCGGUCACCAGCCUUUAAUGUCCAGCUUGGUCUACCCAGACAGCGGCUUGGGCAUUGUAGCCCAAGGUGGACAGACCAUGCCUCAGCCAAUGAGGCUGCUAGGUGGGAACGGACCCAGUUCAGAUCUUUCUACAGGAAGCAGCGGAGGCUACCCAGACUUCCCUGCCAGCCCUGCCUCUUGGCUAGACGAAGUGGAUCAUGCCCAGUUUUGAUACAGGACUGAAGAUCUCAUAGGUGGGCGAUGAAGUUGACCUGAACCAGUUUGAUACAGGACUCAAGAGCUCAUGGAAAGGCAAUGAUGUUGACUGCACUCAAUUUUGAUACAGGACUGAAGAGUUCAUUGAAGGGUGAUCAUUCAGCCUCGGGUAAUAAAAGGCAGAGGAACAACAAGGGGAUCGGAGGAAAGUGGGAGAUUCGCCAGCAAAGACAACUGACCCAAAGCAACACACAAAUUCCCUCUCCCUCAAACCCAAGGAACAGCAUAAAGAACAGGUUAAUGAAAACAACGAACAAAACAAAAACGAGAUCUUUUCAACUUGACGGACACCCCAUUUUUUUGCAUCUUUGUCCCACAGAGUUGUUGAACACCGAAUAGACUUGUGUUUUCCAGGU